CUUUGACCCGCAGCGUCAGCGCGCCACAGCCAGACAUAAACCCGGCCUCUCAGCUUUCUGUCCCCUUCGCUGUGAACACACAGUCCGGCGCAGCCAUCUCCAGGGAACAAACAAAAUGAGCGCCACCGCCUCAGCUGAUCAGCCCAUUUUCUCCAAGGGAGAGGACUGCAAAAUUUCGUGGCACGACGCCAACGCCGGCUACAAUGAAGCGGACACGCAUCUGGAGAUUAUGGGCAAGCCCGUGAUGGAGCGCUGGGAGACGCCGUACAUGCACUCCCUGGCAACGGUGGCUGCCUCCAAAGGCGGUCGAGUUCUGGAGAUUGGUUUUGGCAUGGCCAUUGCUGCCACCAAAGUGGAGUCUUUCCCCAUUGGGGAGCAUUGGAUCGUCGAGUGCAACGAUGGCGUCUUUGCCCGACUGGAGAACUGGGCCAAGUCUCAACCACACAAGGUUGUCCCCCUAAAGGGCUUCUGGGAGGAGGUUGUACCCACCCUGCCAGAUAACCACUUUGACGGUAUCCUGUAUGACACAUACCCUCUGUCUGAGGACACAUGGCACACUCACCAGUUUGACUUUAUCAAGGGUCAUGCUCACCGAAUGCUUAAGCCCGGCGGGGUCCUUACCUACUGCAACCUGACGUCCUGGGGCGAGCUGCUCAAGGGAAAAUACAACAAUAUUGAGACCAUGUUUCAGGGUGAAAGCUGCAGCUGGCUACUAGUGUGGACUGAAUGGUUGGCAACAAUGGGGAAGUGAAAUGCCAGUAUUUUCAGGGAGAGCCAGGUACCUCAUCUGCUUGAAGCCGGCUUCAGGAAGGAGAAGAUAAGCACCACCACCAUGGACAUUGUACCACCCACUGAGUGCAAAUACUAUUGCUUCCAUAAGAUGAUUACCCCCACCAUUAUCAAAGAGUAAAGUGCAAAACACUUUUUUUCUACUGUGUGCCUUCUCUGACCUUCUCCUCCCUUACUUGUUUGCCUCCUUUCAAUAAAACCAAGUCCAUACCA